GUUCGUGUCCCUUCAGACUCGGUGUAAACAAUGGCCAGUCAUAAGCUCACUUCUCUAGUCACUUUACUCUGCUUCAUUUCCCUGUCGCACUGUAGGGACAUUGAAAGAGAAAUGACGGUGGAAGUGAAGGCAGGGACGCAGGAAUGUUUCUACGAGAACGUGAAAGCCGGGGAAACCAUAGAUGUGGAAUACCAGGUCAUUGAUGGAGGGCAAGGAGACCUGGACAUUAAUUUCAUCAUCUCGUCACCAACGGGAGCUGUUCUUGUUCAAGAUCUUCGGAGAGCUGAUGGAAAUCACAGGUUGAACUUGCAUUUAUCUAAGGCUUUCCUUACCAGUAGAGAAAGAUUGUUGGGAGGAUUUUGUGAAAGAUUGCUUAUAAUGUUUACAUGUAAAGGAUGUGUCACCCAAGAUAGAAUGAUGCCAUGGACAGGAUCAGAAACCAUCUCACAAAGUCACGCUUUUUGCAAGACCAACUCCGAGCCUUUGAAGCCCGUGACCGCAACUUUUAAGGUCAUUGAUGGAGGGCAAGGAGACCUGGACAUUAAUUUCAUCAUCUCGUCACCAACGGGAGCUGUUCUUGUUCAAGAUCUUCGGAGAGCUGAUGGAAAUCACAGGACCACAAUGUCUGAAGAAGGUGAUUACCGUAUAUGCUGGGACAACACAUUUUCUCAUUUCAACUCAAAAACAGUCUUCUUUGGUGUUGUGAUUGAGAAUGAAAAUGAGGAUGAUGAAGACCUUUGGGAUGAUGGAUUUGACUCCAGUGUCACAGCUGAGGAUAUUUAUGAGAUGAAGGUGGAGGAUAUUAAGGAUGCCAUGGACAGGAUCAGAAACCAUCUCACAAAGUCACGCUUUUUGCAAGACCAACUCCGAGCCUUUGAAGCCCGUGACCGCAACGUAGCAGAAAACAACUAUACCAAAGUUAAUUUUUGGUCCACAGUUAAUAUUGUCAUUAUGCUAUGUACAGGCAUCAUUCAGGUUAUUUUACUUCGAAGUCUUUUUGAUGACAAGUCAAGACUACAUGGCCUGUGGAAGAAGGGGACAGCAUCAACCUUUUCAUAAACCUUUAAAAAAAUUUGCUUAGCCUUUGUCUGAAUUCUGUGUCAUAUCUCUGUCAAGUGUGGUAAUAAUUGAGGUUCUUUACUCUGAUGCAAAACAAUUGUAUCAGUUUUCCAAGUGCUUUACACUCAUUCUUUACACAAGCAAAUAUUUUUAUAUUGUAUCCACUUGCAUUCAGAAUGCUCAGUUUUACAAGCUAGGGACAUCAGUUAGGAAAUGUAUGUAUGUUGAUCACCAGCUAAUGUCAAAGAAACUAAUUAUGCACAUAUACAAAUUAGUUUAAUUUGUAUAUGUGCUUAUAUCUACAUUUCCUUCACUUGAGAUGGAAUGUUACCAACAUGAUCACGUGUAUCUUUCUAGGAAAUGGGACUUUGGGGAUUUUGUUAAAACCUCUGAAUUGUGGCAUUGUGAAUCGCACAAUUUUUUUUUUUUUUUUUUUUUUUAUAGAAAUAAGCAAUAAUGUAGUUGUUAAGACUUUUGUAUAUAUUGUUUUCAGACAUAUGAAGUGUUUUACAGUGUGAAAAGGAAUGAAGGGUAUUAUUAUUCCAUUUUUAUGUACUUUCAUGUUCUCCCUAGUCAUAAAUGCAGUAAUGACUGUGUCUAAUUCAUUGGGCAUGAAGUAAUCUUUGAUAAUUAUCACUAAAAAUGUAGACAGUAUUUCAAGUAAAGAAGAUUUUGUACAAUACAUGUGCCAUAUUAUUAAUUCAGAUCAGUAGGAAGUAUGAGUGAAGCACACUGAAAAGAUGUUUUGACUGAAACUUCGAGUAAAAUGAACAUAAAAUGCCUUGGCAGAAAUUACAUUUUAGGUCAGUGAUACAUUUUUAUUUCUUUCCUUUUAGUUUUUAUUUUGAAUCAUAUCUUGUUUUAAGAAAGAUAACAAGUUCAGUGGAAACCAAAGGAUUUUUUAUCAGUGUCAUUUUCAAGAUUAAAGCUAAGCAGAGAGAAAAUUCUAGGCUAUUUACAGUGAAAUCUAAUUGAUUACUUUUUGUUUUGUUUCAUUUUUAUUUUUGUGAAACUUUAGUCACUCAGUUUAAACUAUACCACUGAAUUAAUGUUUUGUCCAAAGUGUUUGCAGAGGAAGACAUAAAAAGUUCCACAGGAUUGAAAAACUGUUAACUUAAUUUGUGAAACAGCAUAGUCCAUUGUAAUUCCUUGUCAAAUUUUUCAGUGUUUGAAAUAAAAUAAUCUUGGUAA